AUGUCAGAAUCAACAGAGUUACCUUUGAAAGAUAAGCAGCAAGAAGCAGUGAAACAGGAUCAAGAGCAACAACAAGGACAAAAUCAACAGGAAAUUAAAUUCAACUCACCUAAUCUCAAAUGUCUUGUUAUUGAUACCAAUGCUAUUAUUAAUGGCAUGUCUCUUAGAAAUUUAGCAGAGGAGUUUUAUACUUGUCCUGAAGUACUUUAUGAAGUACGAAGUGCUCAUUCAAGGGAAUUUUUAUCUCGUCUGCCCUUUGAGAUUAAAGUAAUGAAUCCAACUGAAGAGGCACUUAAGAUAGUUACUGAAUUCUCUAAAAAGACGGGUGAUUAUGGUGUACUUUCUCAGCCUGAUUUAAAGGUUCUUGCGCUUACUUAUACACUUGAAAAUAGAGAAAAUGGGGAUGCCAAUAUUCGUAAAGAACCACUUCAGACACGACCUACUGGAGCUCUUCCAAGUGCACCACCACCAAAGCCUGUUUAUAAAAAAGUUGAGGAAAAAAAAGUAGAUGAAGAUGGUUGGGAAAUUGUGACUAAGCCAAGCAAAUCAGUUAAAAAAUACAAUAAAAACACAACAAAAAGAGAACCUACUAAGCAAGAAGAUAACAAUAACUUAGAUGUUGAUAAGGUAGCAGAAUCAGUUGAAAAAGUGACUAUUCAAGAACCAGUGACGGAAGUUUAUCGUACAGCUGAAGAGUUAGUUGAAGAUGAAGAAGAUGACGAAGAUGGUGGUGAAUGGAUUACACCUGAUAAUGUAGAUGAAUAUAAAGCAGCAGAAAUCGGCGUUACUCCUGAUGAACUUAAACAAAAAGCUAAAAUGUCAGUAGGCUGUAUGACAGCUGAUUUUGCUAUGCAAAAUGUGUUGUUACAAAUGAACCUGAAUUUAAUUUCUGCAGGUGGAUAUCGUGUUAAAAAAAUCAGAAAUUCAGUUAUGAGAUGUCAUGCUUGUUUCACUGUUACAAAUGAUAUGGAAAAGAAGUUCUGCCCUAAAUGUGGCAAUGCUACUCUUCAACGCGUCACUUGUAGUACCAAUAGUAAAGGUGAAAUUGCAUACCACUUGAAAAGAAAUUAUCAAUAUAGACUUCGUGGUACAGUCUAUGAUAUCCCUCCUCCAAAAGGAGGUCGUAAAGCGAAUAAUAUUGUUUUAAGAGAAGAUCAACGUGAAUUCAUUAAGGCUACACAAAGAAAACAAAAGAAGACAGUUGUGGAUAUGUUUGAUCCUGACUUUAUUCCUUUAUAUGGUAAAACUAAUACCAAAGAAAUCACUAACAAUAUGUUUGGUACAGAUGUGAUUGGUUAUGGCCGUAAAAAUCCAAACGCAUCUAAGAAACGAAUUGCAUAUCAAAAUGACUCGAGAUUUCGAAAAUAUGUUCAGCUUAUAGAAAAAAAUUUACAAUCAUUUGAUGCAGUUAAUGAAUGGGCAGAUAUUAUAUCUUUUCUUGGUAGACUGCUUAAGUCCUUUCAAGCUUAUCCUCAAUUCCCAGUUAUACCGCGUAAGCAGUUGGUUGCUAAAAGAUUGGCCCAAUGUUUGAAUCCAGGUUUCCCCGCUGGUGUUCAUCAAAAAACAUUGGAAGUUUAUGCUUAUAUAUUAAAAACAAUUGGAUCGGAUCAGUUUGCAGAAGAUCUGGCUUUAUGGUCAACUGGAUUAUUCCCUUUCGUACAAUAUGCUGCAACGCAUGUUAAGCCACAAUUAUUGUCAAUUUUCGAAACAUAUUAUCUUCCUUUACGAGGUAGAAUUCGCCCUGCUAUGCGUGGAUUUAUUAUCGCCUUAUUACCCGCAUUAGAAGAAGAUGGAAGUGAGUAUUUUGAUAAGGUAAAUUAG